AUGGUGACGCCUUGUCCUGCCAGUCCGGCCAGCCCCGCUGAGGCAGCCGGAAGGCGGGACAGCCAUCAGAACCUCCGCGCCCCAGUGAAGAAGAGCAGACGCCCGCGCCUCCGGAGGAAGGAGCCACUGCGGCCGCUGAACGCGUGUUCGCUCCCGGGAGACUCCGGCGUCUGUGACCUUUUCGAGUCCCCCAGCUCUAGCUCUGACGGCGCGGACAGCCCUGUGGCUUCUGCGGCGCGGGACUGCAGCUCCUUACUUAGUCCUACCCAGCCCUUGACCGCUCUAGAUCUCCAGACCUUCAGAGACUACGGUCAGAGCUGCUACGAUUUUCGCAAGGCACAGGAGAGCCUUUUCCAUCCGCGGGAGUCGCUGGCGCGACAGCCACAAGUGACCGCACAAUCCCGCUGUAAGCUGCUCAGCUGGCUCCUGCCAGUCCACCGCCAAUUCGGCCUCUCAUUCGAGUCGCUGUGCCUGACGGUGAACACUCUGGACCGUUUCCUCCUUACCACCCCGGUAGCUGCAGACUGCUUCCAGCUGCUCGGGGUCACCUGUCUGCUCAUCGCUUGCAAGCAGGUAGAGGUGCACCCACCUCGCGUGAAACAGCUCUUGGCCCUGUGCGGUGGCGUUUUCUCCCGGCAGCAGCUGUGCAACCUUGAGUGCAUCGUGUUACACAAGCUGCGCUUCAGUUUGGGCGCACCCACCAUCAACUUCUUCCUGGAGCACUUCACUCACGUUCGCGUGGAGGCGGGGCAGGCUGAGGUCAUUGGAGCCCUCGAGGCUCAAACCCUGGCUCGGGGAGUGGCGGAGCUGAGCCUGGCUGAUUACGCUUUCACCAACUACACACCUUCCCUGCUGGCCAUCUGCUGCCUGGCCCUGGCUGAUCGCAUGCUGCGGCUCCCUCAUCCGCUGGACCUUCGCUUGGGAGGGCACCCGGAGGCCGCACUGCAGGACUGUCUGGGCAAGCUGCAGAUGCUGGUGUCCAUCAACAGUACCUCCCUGACUCACAUACUGCCUCCCCGGAUCUGGGAGAAGUGCAGCCUGCCCCAGAGUUAG